AUGCCACGCGUCCGACCCGGCUCCUCCGGCACCGUCUCCUCACACGCCAACCAGCUGCUAAACAAGCUCAAGGAUCAUGUCGGCUCUGGGACACUCCAGCCGGAGCGCGCACACCAACUGUUUGACAAAUUGCUGCGCCAAGCUGUUCCCAUAUCUGCGUGCGCACUCAAUGGCUUAUUUGCCGCCCUCGCGCGUGCGCUGCCCUCCGCUGCCUGCACCGACGGCCCUGCUCUAGCCAUUGCUCUCUUCAACCGCAUGGCUCGAGAGGGCCGCUGGGUGAUAGCGCCCAACAUGUACACCUACACCAUACUAAUUGACUGCAGCUGCCGCUCGCGCCGCCCUGACCUAGGGCCCGCCUUCUUCGGCCGCCUCCUCAAGACAGGCAUCACGGCGGACGUCUGCACCUUCAGCAGCUUAUUCAAGUGCCUCUGUGACAUGAAGCGGAUAGACGAGGCUGUGGGAGUGCUGCUUCACAGGAUGCCCGGAGACAUGCCUGAUGUCAUCUCCUACUCAACAAUCCUCAAGGGCUUCUGCAACGAGGGGAGGAGCCAGCUUGCACUUGAUCUGCUCCAGAUGAUGGUCAAAAAAGGAGCUGGAGGUGAAGUAAGCAAAGCAUGCAAUCUAUUCCAUGAAAUGAAACAGCGGGGGUUCGUGCCUGAUGUGGGGACAUAUAAUUCCAUUAUUGAUGCAAUGUGCAAAGCAAGAGCAAUGGACAAGGCAAAAUUGGUCCUUCGACAAAUGGUUGAUAGUGGGGUUCGACCGGAUAUUGUGACAUAUAAUAAACUGAUUCAUGGAUAUUCCAUUUCGGGCCAGUUUGAAGAGGUCGUUACGUUGUUGGAAAAAAUGAGAAGUCAAGGUGUCAAACCAACUGUUUUUACUUGCAACACAGUCAUGGACUACCUUUGCAAGCAUGGAAGAAUCAAAGAAGCUGCAGAAUUUUUUUAUUCCAUGGUUGAGAAGGGCCAUAAACCUAAUAUAGUCUCAUAUGCUAUUAUGCUUCAUGGGUACGCUAAAGAAGGAUCCCUUGUUGAAAUGACUGAUCUCUGUGAGCUGAUGGCAAGAGAUGGUAUUGUAUCCUAUCUCCAUUGUUUCAACAUACUGAUUAAUGCAUAUGCUAAGUGUGGAAUGAUGGAUGUGGCUAUUCUUUUCUUCAAAGACAUGUUGAAGCAGGGAGUGAACCCUGAUGAAGUCACAUAUUUAGCAGUGAUAGCUGGGUAUUGCAGAGUGGGCAUGAUGGAUGAUGCUAUGGAAAAAUUCAAUGAGAUGAUCGGUAUGGGAGUACCACAUAAUGCAACUGUUUACAGGUGCAUGAUUCAGGGUUACUUAAAUCAUGGUGAUUUCUUGAAAGCAAAGGAAUUGAUUACUGAAAUGAAGACCAAGGGUAUCCAUCCUAGACUGUCGAAAAGCCAAGGAAUUGAUCCAGGGUACCUCAUGAGUCAACUGUUUCCAGGUGCAUGAUCCAGGGCUAUUUUCGUCAUGGUGAUUCCUUAAAAGCCAAAGAAUUGAUUACUGAAAUGAAGAACAAGAAUAUUGGUCAUAGGCUGCAGAAGGGUAAUGGUAAUGGAAGGAUAAAUUAUCUUUGACUUGGUUAUCCGCACUGGUGAGAGGCCUGAUGCUAUUACAUUUACUUCAGUUACCGGUGGAUAUUGCUUAGUUGCCAAGAUGGAAGCUCUCAGAAUACCUAAUGCGCUGGUAUCGGUUGGUGUGAGGCCUAGUUUAAGUAUGCAGCACUUCUCAGUGGCUGCUGUAAAAAUGGAAGAACAGAUGUUGGGCGAGAGUGUUAACCUUUAUCUUACAACUUAUGUUUCUGGCAUCAUAUUGGAUGGAGAACAUUGCUGCAUUAUUUCAAUUAUUGUUGCAGCAAAAACUUUUUACUGUUUCAUGUUUUAUUUUUACUGGCACAUUGACUUGAUAGUUAAACUGUUUUGCUAAGAAGCUACUCCCUCCGUCCUAAUAUAAGUGAUUUAGUACAACUUUGGUACAAUGUAUAACCCAAUGUAAUAUAAGUGAUGGAACUGAAAAUAUAAUGGUGUUUUUGGCGUGUACGUUUUAACCCAA